AUGGAGGUCGUCGCCGCAGUAGCGAGUAUUGGCGGCCUCGCCUCGCUCGGGAUCCAGUUGAUGGAAUGCGCGUCGAAGCUGGCAAACUUCUACGGGCAGGUCGAAAAGGCUCCCAGGACCUUGAAACGGAUAUCCCACGGUCUCCGGAUGUUCGCCAUGCUUCUCAAACGCAUCGAAGGUAUAUCAGCGUGCCAUGAUGGCGAAGACGCUGCCACACUUGCCGAAUUCAUCGAGCUUUGCAAGGAGGCCGCCCAGGAGAUAGUCGAGAUCACGGACAAGCUGCAAUCGAUAAUGCAAAAGAACCAUGCUUUCGGACGAGUCCUCUCUGCCUUCAAGCUUCUGGAGGUCAAUCAGCUUUGCACCGAGCUGGAACAUUGGAAGAGCUCGCUCGUGCUUGCUUUCGAUGUUCUCAAAUAUGAGACGCAAGCCCAGAUUAUGGGAGCGACGCACGAUACUACCCUGCAGAUCAGGUUGCUGCUGACGCGACGGGACCAUCAAGAUGGUGCGACCCUCACGGGAAGCUCCAAAACGGUGCAAGCAGGUUCCGCUGUGCAGCAGGCUGCUGACACUGGCGACCGUGUUGUGGAGAUUGGAGAAUACGGUGAAGCGUUACCGCUACAUCCUCACCGCCGCAGGCCGCGGCGGCGUCAGGCAAAGACGCGUAGCUUCCGGAUUCCUAGCUGGUUCUCGAAUAGAGUCUGGCACCUGUCGGUUGCACACUCGCAGGGACGGUGGGAGGUCAACCUACAGACGUGGAACUACUUACCUGAAUCCUCCCCUGCUCUAACAUACGUCGAAUCCGGAGAUGCGGAAAGCCUGAGAAGGAUGCUGCAAGCUGGACUGGCAUCGCCGUACGAUGUAUAUGGUCGCUUGACUAUGAUACAGGUAGGUGUCUCAUGA